AUGCGCAACCGAAUCGAGCGGCUCAGAGACAUUGACGUCCAGCAGCUGAUUGGUCAUCCUGAAGAACUUCAGCCUCAGCUGCAGGGGCGGAGCCCCACUUUGAAGCAGGAGACUCCACAGCCUACAUAUGUUAAAAAGGAAGAGGAGGAACUCUGCAUCACUCAAGAGGGAGAGUGUCUUCUAGGACGAGAGGAAGCUGAUUACACCAAGUUUCCACUGAGUAUUCUCUCUGUGAAGACUGAAGAUGAUGAAGAGAAACCACAACUAAACCACCUCAUAGCUCCACUACCAGAUAGUGAGGCUGAAGAUGAGGUUGAAGAAAAUUUGAGCAGCGAUAAAGACUGUGAAGGUGAUAUGAGGACUCACACUGAAAACAAACACGCUGACUGCUCUAAAAAGACGACAUAUUUGAGCUGCUCAGUUUGUGCUCAAAUGUAUACUAGAAAGAGAGAUUUGAUUCAACACAUGAGAACACACACAGGAGAAAAAACAUUUAGUUGUUCAGUUUGUGGCAAAAGCUUUUCUGAUAAGAGCGAUUUGACUAAACACAUGAGAACACACACAGGAGGAAGACCAUUUGAUUGUUCAGUUUGCGGUAACAGCUUUUCUGACAAGAUAAAUUUGAAUGAACAUAGGAGAACACACGCAGGAGAAAAAACGUUUAAUUGUUCGGUUUGUGGUAAAAGUUUUUCUCAAAAUGGCAGUUUGACCCAACACAUGAGAACACACACAGGAGAAAGACCAUUUGAUUGUUCAGUUUGCGGUAAACACUUUUCUGACAAGAGAAAUUUGAAUGAACAUACGAGAACACACACAGGAGAAAAGCCGUAUAAUUGUUCGGUUUGCGGUAAAAGCUUCUCUCAAAAUGGCAGUUUGACGCAACACUUGAGAACACACACAGGAGAAAGACCGUUUGAUUGUUCAGUUUGCGGUAAAAACUUUUCUCAGAGGGGCAAUUUGACUCAACACAUGAGAACACACGCAGGAGAAAGACCUUUUGAUUGUUCAGUUUGUGGCAAAAAAUUAUGUCACAAGAGCAGUUUGAGUCAACACAUGAGAACACACACAGGAGAAAAACAAUUUAUCUGUUCAGUAUGCGGUAAGAGCUUUUCUCUAAAUAGCACUUUGACUAAACACAUGACAAUACACACAGGUGAAAAGAAAUUUGAUUGCUCAGUUUGUGGUAAAGUUUUUUCUCGUAAGCAAGCUUUGCCCGUACACAUGAGAACCCACACUGGAGAAAAACCAUUUAAUUGUAUAGUUUGCCGUAAAAACUUUUCUCAAAAGGUCAAUUUGACUCAACACAUGAGAACACAUGCAGGGGAAAGUCAAUUUGAUUAAUUAGUUUGCAGUAAAAACGUAUGUCACAAGAGCUGUUUCAGUUUCACUCAUAAAAAACACACACAGGAGUAAAUAAAUUGUUGUUUAGUUUGUAGUAAAAGCUUCUUUUCUUUUUAAA